AGCGUUCAAGGCGAAUGUCACCAAAGAUGGCCGACUCCGUUGUUCUGCUAUUACACUUGGCUGUAGAUCAGCCGAUGCAGACAGCUGUCAUGAGGUGAAGACAGCAUACAUGAUGCGCCAAAUAGGACAGGUGGAACUGGUGCCAGACAGUCCCCAAACAGAUGAUUCUCUAAAAGUGUGUGUCCACUCUGGGCCGGGGUGCUGCACCAGUAAGAUGGAGGAGAGUUACAUGGCUGCUGUUCGCAGUGAGACUCAGCAGAAGAUUCGAUCCUACAGCUUUGAGCUGAAGUACCUGAUUGCUGGACAGAGCAAAGCCUAUCAAGACACCUUUGAAUCGCUCGUGUCCUUCACAUCUAAUUUGACCAGCACCUUGUUUGACAGCGCCUACUCCAGCCUUGCAUCAGAAUGUCGACCCCAUGUGCUUCACCUUUUCAAUGACAUUAAUCGCCAUCUUUUGGGGGACCCCCAUUCCUCAUUGGAACAUGCUGUUGGGAGUUUCUUCAAUGAGCUCUUCCCACUGGUCUACCGCCGACUACUCAACCCUGGUAUUGGCCACAUGUCAUCCCGGUCUUUUUCUUCCUCCUCAUCCAGUCAUGAAGACUGCCUCCGGAUGACACGGCAAGAUGUCAGUCCAUUUGGCCCCCAUCCUGGACUCCUGGUUUCCGGUCUUUCUCGUGCUCUGGGAGUAGGCCGAACACUGAGUCGAUUGCUAAGAUUGGCUGGGGAUGUCGUGGAUGCAACAGAAAAGGCAGCAUUAUCCAGAGCGUGUGGGCGGGGCUUAGUAAGGAUGCAGUAUUGCUCCCAUUGCAGAGGUCUGACAUUGAUCAAGCCCUGUACUGGACUCUGUCUUAAUGUUAUGAGAGGAUGCCUGGUGGGGAUAUCCGAACUUGCGGCACCCUGGGGAAGUUUGGUCGUAUUGCUCCAAAGAUUAGCUGCAACAUUAGCAACCAGUAACAACCACAACAGCAUGGAGCUAGCGCUGCUGGCGGUCCGGAAUCAUGUGAACGAUGCCAUCCUGCACGCCCAGCUGCAUGGUCCACGCAUUACUGCCAUUGUAGAGAAAGUGUGUGGAUCACAGGCAGCUACUCCUGUGAUGAUAAGUGGACAUCCCAACACUUCACAUGUUACAUCACCCACUGCUCGGAUGACACAAAAACCCUCAAAGAGGCGGUCUAUGACCUCUCUCUCAAUGGGCUCUGAUGCUUAUCUGAGUCUUCAGCUACAGUCUCAGAGGUCAUUCCCUCUCAAAGGAUCAAGAGGUGACAAGAGCCGCAGUCUUAAAAAAUUAUCAAGGGAGUUUGAGGGCUCCAUCCAGCGAUACGAGUUGUUUUUCUCAGAGCUACCUGAGAUGCUUUGUGAAAGUGAAAUGGAAGUUGAGCAGCACACGUGUUGGAGUGGUCAAGAUGUAGUCGAGAGUUAUGCAAGUCGUGUGGUUGGCAGUGCUUUGAAAGCCCAGAGGGACAACCCCGAAAUUACAGUUCGUAAUACGGAUCCUGUUCUAAGGGCAGCAAAACAAAGACUGGAGCAGUUGACCCAGGAACUUUUAGUGGACCUUGAUUGGGCACGUGAAGCCAAAAGAAAGGGUGAAGAAGACUACGGAGGGAGCGCAGAAGCAGAAAGGGGCAGUGGAGACGACUGUGACGAUGAAGACGGCUGUGAAGCAUCUGGUAUUAACACAGCUGAUUUAUCCAGUGGACGCCAUCCAGUGAUAACCGACAGGGCUCUUCUUCAUCCUCCUCACCACCACAUUCCCCCUCAUGUCAACUCUCCCCCACUGACGCCUCUUUCAGGUUCAGCCAGCAUGCUGACUCUCCAACUACUACAUUUGAGCCUGCCAACUUUCCUGUUGCUGCUGUCACCAUGGUAACCCCGCUGACGUUUGAGUGACAGAAUCGGGGACUGAGAAGCAACCACGUCCAGUGUGUGGUUGUUUAGUGCUUAAAACGUCUUUGAGCACAGUUCGGCCACUCAUUUUUAGUUUGUUCCCAAUAAUGAUAAUUGAUGGUGUUUUGCUGAUGACGAUGAUGAUGAUAAUGAUGACGGAAGACGAACUGUUGAUUCAAGAGUGUGAGCAUUUUAUAUUACCUGCACUGACCGCUGCGUGUGUUCACUUGGAUUUAACUCUCCUAGCACACUUUGUAGAUGGCACAGCACUACUUUUUUCAAGAGGUGUAAAUACAAAUCUAUAUAUUAUAUAUUUAUAAAAAGAGUUUAUGUAGAUUAAUUUUCUGUAAAUAGUGCAUAAUAUAGAAGACAGCAGACUGACAUGUAGACAUUAAUUGCAUUUUUUUAUCACUCAUUGAUAUGAUCCAUGACAGCUACAGUUUGUAGUCAUAGUUGUAUUAUUACAGUAGUAGUAUAAUAUAUUAUAGUAGUAUAAUGUAACAGAGACUCCAACAUUGCUAUGAAAUGAUGUGCUAAAUAGGCAAAACAGACACUCACAGUGCCUUUCCACUUAUGUCACAUAAUUUGAAAUAAAAAAGCU